AUGACAGAGGGCGCAGAGGAAACAAAAAAGAAAUGGCUACGAUUGGGUGAAGCAUGGCGACAAAAGCUGCUGCUAGACCCGACCCGACCUGAACUGGGAUCCUGGCUGCAGUGCCAAGACUCUCCUUGGGGUGUGGGCUGCACUGUUUGCCAGAAAGCCGGAUUGCCUGGAAGACUAGCUAACUUCGAAGUUGUUGCAGCAGGUGCCUUGCAAUUCUCGAACCUGCAAAAGCACGCUUCGAGUCCAAGUCACCAAAAUGCCCUUCGAAAGCACCUCGCAGGCCUAAGCAAAGAGACUCCUAAGUCUAGCGUGCUCUCACCUCCCAGGGAGGCUUUUCUGUCCUUGAUGGAAGAUAUCGAAAAGGGCAUUGCUCCAAGCUCCAGAAAGGAAAAGAAAAUGCAAUGGUGCGUGGCUGAGGCCAUGAAAUCGGUGGAUCAGAAAAUGCUAGGAAGUGCAGAAUCGAUAUCUUUGUUCAGAGACGAGCGCCAGGGCCGCAUCGCCAUCCGUUUCCGAGCCGUGACUGCCAACCUCCAAGUUCACUCGGGAACUCUCGGACAAGAAAGGGAUGCCGGGACAGGGGCGCGUAACAUCACGCUUGCUACACUGAAAGUCAUGCAGCGGGCGUGUUCGCGCUUUGCCAAUCCACCAGCAGCCUCAAAGAUGCGGUCCUUCGUGAAGAAAGACUUACUGCAGCACGUCCGUCAGACAGUCACUUCGAUUGCUGUUGACUCGGCAUCAGAUGAAGUUGUCUCAGCAGAGCUGAUGCGCACAGCUGUUGUGUCUCCUGCGCUGUGCCACCUGACACCACAGUUGAAGUUUGUCUUGCGUGACAAGGCUCAUGCCUCCAGGCGGAUCACCAGCAGUCCAUGGAAGGCUGAUUCGGCCUUGACCCAGACAUUGAAACUGUUCGCAACUGGGCGAGGGUCCAUUGCCCGGCUCAUUCAGAACAGCCAUGAGCUUCGGCGAGUUUUUGCCGAGUUUGCCCAAACUUGCCACAAUGCCAUUCGUCGUGCUGUUGUCAACAUGCGGGCAGCUGGUCACAGAUUCGAGUCCCAUGCCAGACCUUUGGGACGAACGUGCUUGUUUCUCCACGCAGCAAUCAGCACAGCACUUCACAUGGUGCAAACCCGAUCCGAUGCGUCAGCAGGCUUCGCGAAGAUGUGGCUUCAGUCUCUGAAUGAAGAGCAAGCUCUUCAGGCCGCAAUGUUGGCCGAUGCUGCUGAUAGCAGCCUAGCGCUCACGCGGGUGCUUGACUCGGAGCACAUGGACCCAUGCACCCUGUCGGAAAACAUCGCUUUGUACCUCCAGAGCAUCAAGGGUCUCUUCAAUGACAAAAAAGUCCUGACAAGCUUCGGAUACACUUCCACCAUGCUUCAAACUCUUCGCCGACCGGUGGUCUUCCAGGUUGGCCAGGUCACAAGAGCGUUGGGCUCGGAGGCAGGAGUCAAGCAAGACAUCCAGGACAAAUGCCUUCGGCGUAUGCAGGCUUGGGUCAAAUUGGCUGAGUCGGCCAUUCGUGCUGAGUUUCCAUCACAUGAAAUUGCUCAGGCGUUUGCAGUAUUCAAUCUCCACGUGCAACCCCGCGACCCGUGCCCGAGCUUGAAGCGGAUAGCUGCAGCUUUCGACCUGGAUUGCGAUCGGCUCGUAGCUCAAUGGCAGGAUAUUCAGCCUCGGGCUCUUUGGUACUACAGCCACGAAACCCCUGAGGAGAGCAGCAAGUCAUGGAGGAACGCUCACAAAGAGGCCUGGACAUCUGCAAUUCAAGCCCUUGACAAGCACCACUCUACUCAGCAGAGCCACCCCUCAGAAACCUUGAAGCAAGCUUUGGUGCAGUACUUGGCGUUUGGUUGCAGCACAUCGGGGGUGGAGCAAGCGUUUUCCAAAUCAACAUGGGCAUUCCAUUGCAGACGCCAGAAAGCUUCUGCUUUCGCCGAAGAAACUGCUAUCAAGGCUCAUCUGGACCUCCCGCUGCACAACAAGGAAACCCUGGCCGAACAGGCCAGUGUGGCUUGGGCACACUGCUUCGGAAUGGCGAGACUACGUCUGCACGCGCGUAUAGACAAAGGUCUGAGAAGGCCGACGAAAAAAAUGGCUGAGGAUGACUUGUUGACAGAACAAGAAUUCGUUAAGAAGAGGCGCCUCGCAGCCACCCAGGCUGGUCGUGAGCAUGACGUUGCUGCUGAUGAUAAUAUAGACCUGUCUGAGGUCUGGACAGAACAGCAUGACAAGCAAGAAGACUUUUUUGCCAGCAAGGCAAGGGCUCGUAAACUUCAAGGCUUCGCAGAAAAGUCACUACUGCCGCAUGAAGUAGACGACACCAUGGAAGAAGAAGUUCACGCGGCCCGCAAGAAACUGCUCAAGAACGAGGCUGCCCGACAGAAAAAAAGCCGGGCUGUCAAAAUUCGUCAAGGUCAGAGUUCAGCAACCGUGCUGCAAGCUCUACGUGGCAAACGCGCUCAUGUGGCUGUUCCGGCCAGUCAGCGCCUCGACUCUCUGCUCUUUCACAGGGGCUGCACCAAGUCGAGCUUGAAAGACGCAGAUAUCAUUCUUUGCGAUAGGCCGGGAAAGUUGGACUGUCGGAGACGACUCGUCUCGUCGCUGCGAGGUCUUUACGAGAUCGGCGUUGGCUUUCUUGAAAAGGGGACAGGUGCUGCCCUCAAGAUCCGUUGUGCCGGAACUCAACGCCGAGCUCUCUUGGUUUCCACAGCUUGUGCUUCGGAAUACCCGAAGUUUUGGAGAUUCUUCCGCGAGUCACUUCCUACGGACCACACCUGGGUGCUUCACCGCCUGCCUGUCAAUCAGCUCCGCAACACACAGGCCCGGUACCACGCUGGCGUGGCCUGGGCAGUGGUGUCUCCUGCCGAGAAGCAACAUCCUGGUCUGGUCAACAUGAAGCACGUCUAUACGGUUUCCUCGCUCUGCAAGAAGAUCCAUGUUGUGGAUGUGCCCGCCCGGCUGAAGCUGAAAUCAAAGAUGAUGUUUGCCAGCGAUGCAGCGGAGAGCUGCCGGGAAAUGUUGAAGCUGAAGCAUUGCCCGGGGAGGAUCUUUAAUGAUGUUUUGGCCCGCAAAGAAGAUGAGGAAGAUGACGUAGAUGUUUAUGUCACCACGCCCCCGUGCCAAUCCUGGUCAGCUUGUGGAAAGCAGCAGGGGCUCCGCGAUAAGCGGGGCAAACUCCUCAGUGCCAGCUUCAAGUAUAUACAACGCCGCCGCCCACGUUUAGUCGUCGUGGAGAACGUUCCAGGCCUGUGCUUCAAGAAGAACAAAGCAGUCUUAACGGGGAUGUUGAAAGCUUUCGUCAAACUGGGCUACAGUGUCUGGUGGCGUGUCUUGAACAGCUCAGAUUUUCAAGUACCGCAAGAGCGGAAGCGCUUGUUUAUGGUCGCCAUCCAGAAAGACGCCCUCCGACAUCCCUUCACCUGGCCAAAAACAAUUGGCAAAGCCACGUUGGAGUCAGCCUUGGACCACGCGCGGUCCUCUGACAAGGCUGGGCGCUUGCCGCCAAAUGAAACCGCCGCAAGCUUGGUCAAAUCAGCGUACUCCAAGGUGUUCAAGACGGGUAUUGAUCCGAGAAGAGUGCCCGUGCUGGUGGAUAUAGGGUGUUCGCCCAAGUUCGCGUCUUUCGGAGUUAACAUUGCACGCACGUUGACAAGGACGCGAGGCGGAAGUCGGGCUUGGUGGGUCAGCACCCGUGGACGGAAGGUUACCAUUACAGAGCUGAUGCGGAUCUCAGGCAUACAACCUGAGGAACUUUCCGGGUGGAAAGACACUGUCUCAGAAACCCAGUUGGGGCAAAUGUUGGGAAAUUCUGUACCUGUGCCACUAAUCCAGGCAGUUCUCUCACAAGCUUUGGAAGCUGCUGGCCUCAAGCUGCCCGCGAAAGCUUGA